GUGAAUCGGCUAUUUUUUUUUGGAUCACCAUGGCUCCGAAAACAAAAUCCACGGAAAAAGCAGCGGGUAAGUCCGGCGAGAAGAAGACAACGGAGAAAAAGGCCGAGAAGAAGCCAGCUACCGCUGCUUCUGCCUCCAAAGUGACCAAGCCAUCCGAGAAAAAGGCAGCACCAGCUCCAGAAGCAGCUAAGAAAGUAGCACAAGCAGCUGCCAAAUCGGCACCCAAAACAGUAUCGAAACCCGUAGCCAAACCUGCUGCUAAGCCUGCGACCAAGCCUGCGGCCAAAACUGUAGCCUCCAAGCCUAAGAAAAAUGUUCAGGCUCAAAAGAAGACCCCGAAGGGAGGCAAACCUGCUCAACCUGUGCAGAAGGCUCUCAAGGCUCAGAAAAAGAUCCUAAAGGGUACUCAAGGAUCUAGAGUCAGGAAAAUCAGGACAUCGGUCCACUUCCAUCGACCCAAGACCUUUAGGCCUCCAAGGAACCCAAAGUACCCGAGAAAAUCAGUUCCAAGUAGGAGCCGUAUGGAUGCCGUAAACAUAAUCAAAUACCCGUUGACUACUGAGGCAUCAAUGAAAAAAAUUGAAGACAAUAAUACAUUGGUCUUCAUUGUGCAUACCGGUGCAAAUAAAUUUCAUAUAAAAUCGUCUGUUAAGAAAUUGUAUAACGUUGAUGUUUUGAAAGUCAACACACUCAUCAGGCCCGAUGGUAAAAAGAAGGCCUAUGUACGUUUGACAAGAGACUACGAUGCUCUUGAUGUUGCCAAUAAAAUCGGCAUUAUAUAAUUUAUUUGACUAGCAUAAGUGAUUUGAUAAUUUAAUAGUAUAAUAGCUUUAUCGAUCCUAGGUUGAUUUAAUCUUUUGGAUAAUUUCGAUAUGUCUUCAAAUGAGUAAAAUUCAUUCAUUUUUGUUAAAAAAUAGGUGCAAGUUCUAUUGUAAUUCACUAAUGAAUAUUUAUGUAUAUACUUCAUUUUAAACAGCGUACAGCAUGACUUAUUGGUGCCGAUUAGAAUCUCCAAGUUGGCAUAUAAAAGAUUGAAAUAACAUAAUAAAUAACAAAAAAAUAUAAAAGAAGGAAAGCGCACUGAAGAACAACACUAGUUUUUUACCUUAAAAAAUGAUGUAUAGCCUAUCAUCCAAUAUUGUAAUUGAUUUAUGCUAAAAAAGAGCGUGAAAUUUUCAAUAUUCCUAUACUUUAAAAUACGUAUAUUAUUAUCUAGAACUGUACUUAAGCAUUACAUACUCAAUGAAUACAAUUAAUAUCGUCUAGCGUUGUACGUUGCCUCUAUGAAAAUACCUAUAAAUAUUCUUCCAAUUUAACAAAUUGAAUAUUGUGAUAAUUAGUAUCAAUCGCUCGCAUACUUCUUAAUUUACAAUGUGAAAAAAGUAAAACUGCUAAAAUAUAAAUCUCACACUCCUAGAUAUUAAAUAAAAUUAUUUCAAAGUAUAUGAAAAUUCAAAAUUUUCAGAUAUUUUUAGUAUCAAUCAAUCACAAUGUUGACAAAUUAUCAUUUUUUUAAUAUACAGGCUCAUCAGUUAAUCUCGCAUGAUUACGUAGUCAAAAUUAUGUUCAAAAAUAUACUCUUUUCGUUACACAUGAAAAUUUAAAAUA